AUGAAAUGGUUCGCAGAUGAACUAAAUCAGCUUGCUGAGGAUGUUUCUACGGUGUUUAUGUGUCCGUUUGAUAUUAAUAUGACAUUUCAGCAAGAGAGUGAUUUUCAAGCAGCCACUCAUUGUCAUAUUUGCGAGCAGCGCUUCUCCCCCAGUGAUAAGAAAAUGCGAGACCAUAAUCACCUGAUCCCUGAAAAUAAUUAUCGAUUUGCAGCUCAUGAAGGCUGUAAUAUUAAUUACAAAGAUGCUCACACUAUCCCUGUGAUAUUUCAUAACCUCAGUGGAUAUGACGCGCAUUUCAUUAUUAAUGAUAUUGCUACUCACAUCAAAGGUCCUGUAGAUCUUCUUCCUAUUACUAAGGAAAAAUAUAUUUCUUUCACUAAACACAUUAAUGAUGCUCGAAUUAAAUUUCGUUUCAUCGAUAGUUUUCGAUUUAUGGCGUCUUCUCUCGAUAAGCUCUCUUCUUAUUUAACCGAAUAUCCUAAUCUCCGCUCUCAAUAUGUUUUCCUUCCCGAGGAGCAGUUCAAUCUUCUUACUGUGAAAGGUAUCAUGCCUUAUGAUUAUAUUGAUUCUUUCGAUCGUUUUAUUGAAACAUGUCUGCCGCCUAUCGAGUUUUUUUAUAAUAAACUUGAGGAUAAACCUUGUCCUCGCCGCCAUUAUCAUCGCGCCCUCCAAGUCUGGUCCUCAUUCUCUUGUUCUUCUCUCGGAGAUUACGUCGAUCUCUACAUGAAAACCGAUAUUCUUCUUCUUGCCGACGUUUUCGAACGGUUCCGCUCCAGUUGUCUCGAAACAUAUAAUCUUGAUCCCGCUCAUUACUUUACUCUGCCUGGAUUCACGUGGGAUGCGAUGCUUAAGUAUACAAAACAGGAACUUGAACUUUUAACUGAUCCAGAUAUGCAUUUGUUUGUGGAGCGAGGCAUUCGUGGUGGUUUGAGUCAAGUUUGCUCGAAACGUCGUGUUCAUGCUAAUAACAAGUACAUGGCAUCUUACGACCCUUCGAAGCCCGACUCCUAUCUAAUGUAUUUCGAUGUCAAUAAUCAAUAUGGGUGGGCAAUGUCCCAAUAUCUUCCAUAUGGAGGUUUCGAGUGGUCUGAUACUAACAUCGACGUUCUUAGUAUUCCGGACGAUUCUUCUGAAGGGUGCAUUCUCGAGGUCGAUCUGGAGUACCCUCAACAUCUCCAUGAUCAUCAUAAAGACAUCCCAUUCUGUCCCCAAUCCUUGAACCCGAAAACUAUGAAACCUCCUAAACGUCCGCGAGAGCUGACAAAAUUAAUGGCUACCCUUCAUGAUAAAGAAAGAUAUGUAAUUCAUUACAGAGCCUUGAAGCAAGCGCUAGCUCAUGGAUUAAUACUAAAAAAGAUUCAUCGAGUCUUGAAAUUUAAGCAGUCUCCUUGGUUAAAGUCAUACAUCGACUUGAAUACAAAUCUCCGGAAGGCAGCAAAAAAUGAGUUUGAAAAGAAUCUGUUUAAGCUUAUGAACAAUGCAGUGUUUGGUAAGACUUUAGAGGGUGUGCGCAGGCGCGUUGAUAUUAAAUUGUUGACAGAGUGGGAGGGUCGUUAUGGAGCUGAAGCUAGAAUAAGUAGCCCCCUGUUUAAAAACGCUACUAUCUUUAAUGAAAAUUUGAUUGCUGUUGAGAUGCAUAGAGCGGAAAUAUGGUUAGUUAAACCGAUUUAUGUUGGAAUGAGUAUUUUAGACUUGGCGAAAACGACUAUAUAUGAUUUCCAAUAUGGCUACUUAGCUAGCAGGUUCGGAGAAAACUUUUCGACCUGCUAUACCGAUACUGAUAGUGUGAUCGUGGAGAUACGGGAAAAAGACCCGUAUGAAGCAAUGAUACAUGAUUGUUAUAAAUAUUUUGAUACCUCAGACUAUCCUAAAGAUAACAUUUACGGCAUCCCUCUGGUUAAUAAGAAGGUAUUGGGCAUAAUGAAAGAUGAGAAUAAUGGCUGCAUUAUGACCGACUACAUAGGACUCCGAUCGAAAUUAUACACGACAAAAGCAGCUACCACAGAUGCUGACAUUAAAAAGCUGAGGGGGAAGUUGAAAGAACAAGAGUAUGAGUAUGAUGAAGUUGAUAAUAUUAUACGAAAUUGUGGUGUGACAAAGAAGGCAAAGGGGGUAAAGAAAUCUGUAGUAAAUACUAAAAUUACUUUUGAGGACUACGUCGAGUGUUUAGAUACCUUUACAGCAAAGGUCACCUCACAAAAUCUUAUACGCUCUGAUAAACAUCAAGUUUAUUCUAUAACUCAAAGCAAGAUUGCGCUAAGCCCCAAUGAUGAUAAAAGACAUCACAUUCGGGGUUCUUAUGAUACGCUUCCCUUUGGGCACUAUUUAAUUGAUACUCUUGAGAUGGAUGUUGAUUAG